GUUAUUGUUUAUCGGCGUAGGUCUCUGGGAACAGCUGCUGAGUUUACAGAAAUUUUACAAAUUUUGCAGUUCUUUAAAAAAGAAGAUUUAUUUUAUAUUAAUUUUGUUCAAUUUGUUUGAAAAAAUCGUCAAAAUUACGGAAAAAAAGUUUAACUCCAAAAUGCCGCCCGCUUCGGGGUCAAAUAGCACCACGAAUGCGGCGGUACAAGCAGCAGCGAAAGCGGAACGCGAAGAAAAACUUCGUGGAGCCCUAAAGUCAUUUAUACACAAGGAACGGCAAAGAAAAAAGGAGGAAUUUGAAGCUAAAUUAGAAGAAGACCGUUUGCGCAAAGAACGUGAGGCUCGAGAACGUCAAAAUGAUAUGACAUUGGAGGAGACUCGUGGCCAAAUUUCAAAAUUGGAAAAGAAAUUGAAUGACUUGCACAAGCAGAAGCAACAAUUAUUCCUGCAAUUAAAAAAAGUGCUUAAUGAAGAUGAAAAUCGCAAGAAACAACAAAAGGACAAUGAAAUGUAUGCAAUACAGGCCUUACAAGCUCAACAAGCAAGUGCACCACAACCACAAGUAUUUCUACCACCAGUUAGAGUGCAACAUCAUCAAAUGCCCAUUUUGACAAAGCCUCCAAGUAAUGCUCCCGUAAAAAGAGGUCGUAGUCCUUCGCCCACACAACAGGGAUAUUACAAAACAACAAAUUAUUCCCAGCCAAAGCAUGAAGAAGUCCGUCGUGGUGCUGAUUCUGCUAGAGUCUUAUGGAAUAAACCACAUACACAAUAUCAAACUCCGGGAACAUUAUUUUAUCAAACGACAAGCAAUGCGCCCCCUCCACAACCACCGCCAGAUGCCAGAGGUCCAACCAUUAUUUAUGGCCACUAUAAUUUACCACUACGUCAAGGUUAUCAUUUGGAGUUACCGCCUACAUCUGUGCCUGUUUCCAAAUCAGAUGUACCAGGACAAAAGCCUACGCAAGUAUAUCAUAUAAACUUGGAUUUGCCACCGAUUCCUCAGGCUGGUGGGAGCGGAGUUGGUGGAGUGUCAAGUGUUCAAUCACAGAAACCCCAAAUUACAAUGGAGAAAAUAUCGGAUCGCUAUCACGUUGAGGUCAAACACGAUGGACCUCCAACACAUGGUGGACCACCACCGCAUCAACUGCCCGAGGGUGUUGUUUACACUCCUCUAAUACCCAAUAUGCCUUUACAUCCCAAUGUUAUGCAAAUAAGUGGUGGCCCACAACAGGUAUAUAAUACCAAGCCCGGUACGAGCAUUACACAGGGUUAUGUCCCAGGUCGAAGUUCGACUGGUCAUGAUCCCCAACAGCUUUCACGGCAACAAAAUACGGUCAUGUCGGGACAACCUGGUCAACAGCCUCAACAACCAUUACAUUAUCCUCGUCGUAUGUUUUAAAUGAACCUGAAAAUGUCACCUUACCUUUUAGGACGUAGAGAAUUAAGUUAAUUUUUAAGUUGACAAUGCAUUGUAAUGUUAUUAAAAAUUAUUUUUUUUAAAUAUUUUUCAUAAAAAGCAU